AUGCCUCUGUUGAUGUGUCCGCCACCUCGACACAGCAGCACCCCGGUGACGAGACGCUUGGUGACAGCGGAAGUGUCGCCUCCCGAGGCGACUUCGACGGAGAGGGAGAGAGCGGGUUCCCCGACGGAAAGCCCAGCAGCUCGCGAGAGUGCGCCCUCGCCGGUAGUCGAAGACCAGGCCACAAUUGCUCAACGCGCCAAGCAGGAAGCGCACAACGACCGCAUCGUGGCCACUUUCAACAGCGUCAUGCUCGCCGACGGCCUGAAGGUGCUCAAGCACCACCGCCGCAGCUCCAAGAAGGCCGCGAGCCGCGUCAUCCGCUUCGUGCCCGACUACGGAGGGGCCCUUGUGUGGGACAAGCCUCUCCGUCAGCCCGGGGCCAAGGCUAGCAGGGUCCCGCUCGACGCCAUCACCCAGGUCGAGCUCGAGGCGCGCAUCGUGUGGAUCUCGGCGGGUGACGAGCGCGUUGGCUUCGAAACGUCCAAGACGGAGGACGCGGACCUCAUGUACCAAGCGAUUUGCAUCCUUGUCGAUAGGUGCCACGCGUGAGCACAUCUCCAAGUCGUGUCGAGGGAGGGAGGGGAGGAAGUGGGAUAAAAAGCCUGGACCAAAAGUCUGGUUCAUAGAGAAGGGGCGCCGCUGUGCCUCUUGAACGGCACAAGAGGCAUCACGAGGGAGCAAGGCGCGCUGUUGGAGAGGUCGCGGUUGGAUGAGUUGAAGAGUCGCUGCCGCCGGUAGUUCAAUGGCCAUGAGUCUGCCGUUCAUCCAGUGCCAUGCUCGUAUGGGUUGUGGUGCGUGUCGGGGGGGGUACGCCGGAUUGUUGCAGCACCUGGCAGUGUUUUUGUGUAAAUUUUGAGGCAGCGAGGCGCACAAGGGAAAACCGUUUUUUUUGUUAGUGUGACAUGUACCCAGGGCAUAUUUUCGAGAGAAGACAUGAAAAAACAACACACGCUUUGCUCUCUCGCUGGACUGUGUACUGUAUUGCUCGCGUGCCCAUGCUUUUUGCCGCUCCUUGUGUUUUUAACGCAAGCAACUGCUGCUGUGGGUGGUGCGUGGUUGGUAGUGUCGAACCCCCGUUGGUCGUUUUUCGUCGUCAGCGCCAAGCAGCAGCACCGACGCGUUUUGCCUUCUUUUUUUUUCUGGAUUUCUUGAACGUUUUCGUGUUUUCUCCGCCUUGUCGCUUCUCCGCGAGUGGCAUCAGGCGUUUGUGUCUGUCAUGUAUGCGACAACUCAGGGCGGCCGCCGUAAGUCGGGCUCCUCUUGGGUCAACCUGUUCUUAUUCUUUCGUUCGUCGCCUGCCUUCCACAACAACGAUAUAUUCCAAAUGCU